CUCCCCCACCCCCCUUCGCUUCCUCCUCCCUCCCCCGAGCCCGAGCCUGAGCCGUGGCCAUGGCGGAUACCCGGAGGCGGGUGAAGGUUUACACGCUCAACGAGGACCGGCAGUGGGACGAUCGGGGCACCGGGCACGUCUCGUCCAGCUAUGUGGAGCGGCUGAAGGGAAUGUCCCUCCUGGUCCGGGCCGAGUCUGAUGGUUCUCUUCUUCUUGAAUCUAAAAUAAAUCCUAAUACAGCGUAUCAAAAACAGCAGGAUACAUUGAUUGUGUGGUCAGAAGCAGAAAACUAUGACUUGGCCCUUAGCUUUCAAGAAAAAGCAGGCUGUGAUGAAAUAUGGGAAAAGAUAUGCCAGGUUCAAGGCAAGGACCCCUCGGUGGACAUCACACAGGACCUUGUGGACGAGUCUGAGGAAGAACGUUUCGAUGACAUGUCAUCACCGGGUUUGGAACUUCCGCCGUGUGAGUUGAGCAGGUUGGAAGAGUUGGCAGAACUAGUUGCGACAUCACUACCUUCACCCUUGCGGCGGGAGAAGCUUGCACUUGCACUGGAAAAUGAGGGCUACAUUAAGAAGCUCUUGGAACUCUUUCACGUGUGUGAGGACUUGGAAAACGUUGAAGGACUACACCACUUGUACGAAAUAAUCAAGGGAAUUUUCCUUUUGAAUAGAACUGCACUUUUUGAAGUCAUGUUUUCAGAAGAAUGUAUAAUGGACGUAAUAGGAUGUCUAGAAUAUGAUCCUUCUUUAUCCCUGCCAAGAAAACACAGAGAAUUUCUGACAAAAACAGCUAAGUUUAAGGAAGUGAUUCCCAUUUCUGAUCCAGAACUUAAACAGAAAAUCCACCAGACAUACAGAGUACAGUAUAUUCAGGAUAUGGUUCUACCAACACCAUCUGUAUUUGAGGAAAACAUGUUAUCAACACUUCACUCCUUCAUCUUUUUUAAUAAAGUUGAAAUAGUUGGUAUGCUUCAGGAAGAUGAGAAGUUCCUGACAGAGCUUUUUGCACAGUUAACGGACGAUGCCACCGAUGAUGAUAAGAGACAGGAACUGGUGAAUUUUCUGAAAGAGUUUUGUGCGUUUUCUCAAACUUUACAACCUCAGAACAGGGACUCUUUCUUCAAGACAUUGUCAAAUAUGGGUAUACUGCCAGCUCUUGAGGUCAUUUUGGGUAUGGAUGACAUUCAAGUGCGAAGUGCAGCCACCGAUAUAUUUUCCUAUUUGGUUGAGUACAAUCCAUCCAUGGUACGAGAAUUUGUCAUGCAGGAAGCUCAACAGAAUGAUGAUGAUAUCCUCCUCAUCAACCUCAUCAUUGAACAUAUGAUUUGUGAUCCAGACCCUGAGCUGGGCGGCGCAGUCCAACUUAUGGGACUACUCCGCACUUUAGUUGACCCGGAGAACAUGUUGGCCACAGCCAAUAAAACAGAGAAGACUGAAUUCCUGAGUUUCUUUUACAAACACUGCAUGCAUGUCCUGACUGCCCCCUUGCUGGCGAAUACCACUGAGGAGAAGCCCAGCAAAGGUGAGCCAUCUCCGUAUAAUGAUGACUUCCAGACAGCUCAGCUUUUGGCCUUAAUUUUGGAAUUACUCACCUUCUGCGUGGAGCACCAUACCUAUCAUAUCAAGAACUACAUUAUAAACAAAGACAUUUUACGAAGAGUGCUUGUACUCAUGGGCUCAAAGCAUGCCUUUGUGGCAUUAUGUGCACUUCGCUUCAUGAGAAAAAUAGUCGGGUUGAAAGAUGAAUUCUACAAUCGCUACAUAAUGAAAGCCUUUCUGUUUGAAGCCGUGGUAAAGGCAUUUCUGAAUAACGGGUCCCGCUAUAACUUGCUGAAUUCGGCCAUCAUCGAAAUGUUCGAGUUCAUCAGAGUAGAAGACAUCAAGUCUCUAACAGCCCAUGUCAUAGAAAAUUACUGGAAAGCACUUGAAGACGUGGAUUAUGUGCAGACAUUCAAAGGACUGAAACUGCGUUAUGAGCAGCAAAGGGAAAGGCAGGAUAAUCCAAAACUUGACAGUAUGCGCUCCAUCUUACGGAAUAACAGGUACCGACGAGAUGCUCGCACCCUGGAGGAAGAGGAGGAGAUGUGGUUCAACACGGAUGAGGAUGAAAUGGAAGAUGGAGAGCCAGUGCUUCUCCCAACUGACAAGUCAAAAAAUGAUGACGAAAUCAUGGACCAUUUUGGCAAAUUUAUGGAGAGGAAAAAAUUGAAGGACGGGGACGAGAAGGAGGUCCUGACGAAAAGCACUCUGACGGGGAGGCAAAGCCCCAGCUUUAAGCUUUCCUUCUCCAGCACCAGCAGUGGAAGCAGCAAGUCCAGCCUCACCAGCCACUCAGCCUCAAGUAAUUCACCUGGGUCGCCAGGUUCCCCGGGAUCUCCAGGGUCACCUGGAACAAUAGCCAAAAGCACACCUCAUAUGGCAGCUAUUACCACCAAGGGAGGACUAAUCGGCCUUGUAGAUUACCCAGAUGACGAUGAGGAGGAAGAGGAAGAAGAGGAAGACAGCGAUGAAAAAGAACAAUCGGCGCCUUUGACAAAGAAAUCCAGGCUUGGAUCCUAAUGGUGAUCCCCUUCAGCCUUGCCCAGUGACGUUUACUGACCUGCAAAAAUCACCAGACUCAGAAAGGUGUCUGAACCAUUCUGUCUCACGCAGAUAAAUGUACACGUGGAAUUCUGCUGACCAAGUGCCAAUCCAGCAAAGCAGGAAACAACAAAACAAAAAAGAUCAGAACAAAGGAUUUGGAACUUGUUGACACUCAAGUGUAUCCAGGCUUUGACCUCACUCUACCCCCUUUCUCAGGGAAGGAAGAUAUAAAACAACAGCCAGUGAGGGUGGAGAGUUUUCUGGUGCUACGAAAUGUAGCAUGACUGGCUCAUUUUGGUCCAGUCUGUAACGGUGUGUGAGAAGGUCACUGGGAGCCUGGAAGGAUACCGUGUUGUCCAGCAGUAAUUCCUCCCUGGAGUGCCAGCAGUUUUUCUCAUUGUUCAAAGACCUGCCUUUCCAUUGUAUAUUCAGGACAUCGAUGGUCACGAUGAAAGAAAACAUUUUAAAGGAACCUCUGUUGGGAGGGCUGAGAGUACGCAACUUUUCUCUUUUUAACCUGUGCCCUUUAAAACUGCAUAAUUUUUUGAGAAAAAACUCCCAUCCCCUCUGACUAAAAAGCGAAUGGAAUUUCUAGAUGUGAUCAUUUUUGUUUCAUAUCUUGCAUUUUCUUCAAUUUUUUUUUCUUGAGUGUACACUUAGUUGUUUAAGUAUAUUUGGGACCAUUAAAGAAAUUUUGAUGUAAUGUA